ACAAAGUUUGCGGGAGUUCUAGAACGUUGGGGUGCCUUUGAAGUUCAAAGCACGGCGCGGCCCGCGGGAGAAGCGCCGGCCCCGUUUCCGCCUCUGCCUGCAGGCUAAGUGCCAGGCCAGGAGCGGCGGUCGCGCCAUGGACGAGGAGGAGGCGCAGCCGGAUAGCCUGGACGGGUGGGUGGCCAUCAGGGAGAACCUCUUCGGCCUGCCCGAGCCGCCGCACAAGCUGCGCUUCCUAGUCGCUUGGAACGCCAUCGAGAGCAAGUUCGCCCUGACCUGCCACAAUCGGACCUUGCAAGAGCAGGCGGGAGACGCGGAGCGGGACGGCGGCGAGCAGCGGUUGAGCUGGGCCGGCCUGUACUCGCCGCAGGCCUUGCAGGGCAUCCACCGGCAGCUGGCGGCCUUGAGCCCGCCGCUCGAGCCCUACUUCCCCGAGCUGCCGCCGGCGCUGACCGGCCCCAGCGGCCUGUGGGCGUUGCUGUUUCCCCGCUGCCCCGUGCUGGAAGAGGCCGAGCUGGAGGCGCUGUGCCGCCGUCUGGAGAGCUACCUGGGCUGGGCGUUGGAGGUGUGCGGCCGGAAAGUGCUGCUCGACACCCUCUUCACUCAGGAUCAGGAAGAAGAGGACGAGUAUUUCGAGAACCUGCACGAGUUUCGGAGGAAAGCGCUGAAGGCGCGGCUGACCUGCGCCAAGGAGGCCUUGCGGAGGGUUCUCCACCAGCAUGAAGAUGCUGACAAGUUGGUAGCCUUAUUGGAGCUCUACGAGGAGGAAGAUGAAGCUUAUUGGGAGCUGGUCACUGUGGCAACUGGAUUCUAUCAAUAUUUAUUGCAGCCGUUUAGAGAUAUGCGAGAACUGGCAACAUUAUACAGACUGGAGAUCUUGAAAUCCUUGCAGGCUGACCGGCUGGGCCCCAGAAGGAAAGAAGCCUUGCAGAAGGAGGCUGGGGAGUGGACAGAGCAGGUCGAAGAUGCCGUGUGCUCCAUUCAGGACAUCACCGUCAGUUACUUCAAGGAAACGGUGAUGGCACUAGCAGCAAUGCAGAAGCAGAUGGAGAAAGACCGAAAGCGCUUUGGCCAGGCGGCCUGGGCAUCUGCUUCUCCCAGAUUAGAGAACCUGAAGUACCUGUUAGCAAAAGAGACCCUCCAGUACAUGAGAGCCAAGGAGCUUUGCCUGAAACAUAAGAGAGCCGACAUCCAGAAGCAGAUGGAGACACUUGACAAGCAAGAGAAGAACAUGGCUUGUGUUGAGGAACUGGAAAUAGAAUAUUAUGAAACCCAGCUGGAGCUGUAUGAGGUGCAGUUUGAGAUACUGAAGAAUGAAGAAAUGCUGCUUAUUACACAGUUGGAGACUUUAAGGAGGCGGAUGAAAGAGAUUCAGGAUGAAGUCAUUUACUAUGAUACAUGUGAAAAUCCUGAUGAGUUAAAAGCUGCCGAGCAGGCCCUGGAAGAAACCCACAUGCCUUCUUCUGAAUUGGCUCAGUUGAGACAGAAGAUGCAGCAGCUGGAGACAAAGCGGGGGAUUAUCUGCUCCAGGAGAGCAUAUCUCAGGAACAAAAAAGACCAGUGUGAGGAAAGCCGCCAGCUCAGGCUCCAGCAGGCACAGGAGAGCAGCCGGCAUUUCCAGCAGCAUCACAGCAUUCAGAUCAAAAGGGACAAGAGGAAAGAUGAGGAGAAAAAGAAGAAAGCUUGGAUAAAGCAGGAGAGAGAGAAAACCCUGGAGAGGCUGAAAACGUUCAAAGAAAAAUGUCCGGCUCAGUUUGUGGUGAAAACGCCCCGUUCCCAGCCCUUGAACUCCAGACAGCCCCAGGGAGGGGCUCAGCGAUCCCCAGCAGCCCCGGCCUCCUGCCAGCCUUCCCCAGCAGCCCCGCAGCCUCGGUCGAUCGGCAGGGGGGCCGCCGCAAAGCAGCUGAGGGCCUCCCGCCCGUCACCAGCCAAGGACUCCAAGGCCCCUCGGCAGAAGCGCUCGAAGGAUAUACCCAUCCAGAUAUUUGCACCGCCAGGUGGUCCAGAAGAGCACAAGAUGUGUGAGGGGGUGCCGCCUCCCCCACCGCCGCCGCCGCCUCCCCCACCGCCGCCCCCUCCACCGCCGCCGCCCCCUCCACCGCCACUGCCUAGCAUGCAGCCUGCCUGCUUAAGGAUGGGGCGAAGCAGAGAGGAGCCCUCGGCCCUUGUGUGCGGGGACCCUCCGAGGGGAAGCGCCUCCACAGAAAAGGCGGACUGUCCACCCAGGUGCUCCGCCAAUACCUACACAGGAACCAUGGAUGAGGUGCUGGCUUCACUCAAGCGGGGUGAAACUCUUCUCCGGAAAGUGGAGCUGCCCUCUCGGGAGGUGUCUUCCAGCUCGUUCCUCAACGACAGCAUCCUCGCUGCCAUCAGGCAAGGAGUCAAGCUGAGGAAAGUCAGCCAGAAGCCCAGGCCGGAGGUCGAGAAAGGCAGCAGUAGUGAGCUGCAGAGGAGCAUCGAGGCUGCGAUCCAGAGAAUCAAGAAAGUGUCGGCGGACUCAGAAGAGGAUGAAAACAAUGACUGCAACAGUGGAGAAUGGAAUAGUUAAAGCAGCUGUGGCUUGCAGACUGCUCUGAGGUGCCCCAGAAGCACAGCUGGGGUCCUUCAGUGGGAAAAGUGACGGCAAGCAGCCUCCUCCUGGUCAGGCUUCCCUGAGAUGCAGCCUGCCAGGCAGGCAUCCUGUGUGGGGAGAGGGCACCACGGCUCCUUGCAGUGUGCUGGAGUCCUGGGGCAGGUGAGUCCACAUGGAAAGGGUGUUCCACUGGAAUGGCGAGGUGCAAACACCCCUGAAGUAAUAGAUUCAGGGAACCCGUUUACGGACAUGAGCUGUCAUGCUUCUGUUGUAUUUUGCACAUUUUUAGGAAGUCUUGUGAUCUCUUAGGAAAUGAAGGAUCAUGUCCACCGAGCACAAGGAUUAAACCUGCCCCCACCCCAAUAUUCCGUCCUGAAAUCAUUAUUUUAUUGCACUCUGCAGGAUGUGAAUCAAACAAGAGAACUCUUCUAAUUGGAUGCUUUUUCAGGAUGUAGAAUUUCCCCUGAAAGAUGGACAGCUGCGAAGGAGAUUGGGGAAAGUGUGAUAUGUUUCUAAAAGCUGUUGCAAUGCUAAGCACUGCUGCGAGAUGCUUCAGAAGGGUUCCUUUUGGCAGCUUGUUAAGGUGAUAAUAAGUAUCACAGCAGUGAAAUAUUUACACUGCCUUUCCAGAUGUGUGGGAACACCACUUCCAUCAGUCCCAGAGCUGUAGAUGAGAACUGUAGUCCAGCACCUCUGGAAGGCACCAGUUGCAGAAAGCUGAGCUGUACUUCGAGAACGGCCUGCCUGUGAAAACAGCUCUUGCUGAAAGGAGUAUUUUACUGUUUCAAACAAGAGUUGCUUAGAUCAAAAUGAUUUCUCUUGACAAUACUGUAUAAACUCAAAGCAGUUUUGAUGAGUCUCACUGUCCUUUGACUCAGCAAGGUAUUUCAAAUGUUGUGCGGUAUUUAGCAGCAUCCAAGAUAUGGAGUGUUGCUAAUCUGCAUCGGUUUUAUGCACUUUCCCCCUUUUACGCAAACGUCCCAUGGUCAGUCCACUAUCCCUUUGGCAAGCUUCAUCAGGGAGGGAUCAGUACAAGCUCUGGGGUGCCCUUAGGCUUGCCCAGCCCUUUGCGGGGCGGUACGACCAUGGAUGAAUCUCUCACCUAAGGUUGAGCUGUGCUAGCUCCUCUCUCUGCCGGAGGAACAUGGGAAGCCACCUUUUGCUGCAUUAGACCCUUGGCCAUCUAGCCCAGUAUUGCCCUCACGGGCUGGCAGCAGCCCUGCAGGGGUGCAGGCAAGAUUCCCUCCUAGCCCACCUGGAGAAGCCAGGACCUUCUGUGUCAAUGCAGCUGCUGUGUGACAGAACUGUGGUCCUUCUCCUGGGCCGCAGCGGCAACCCGAAGGCCGUGCUGCCGCGCCUGUGGCCUGCAGCCUCGUGGGGUUGGAGGGGGCCCAGGGGGAUGGAAUGGGAGCCUGCUCCCUCAGCUGCUGAUCCGCCUGCCCAGGUAACCUGACUCUGUCCCAGAAGGUGCAAAUCUCACCCAUCACUGCUGCCUGUUGCAGGUCUUGUCUCAGUUUUUGUUCUAUGGCAGCAUUUUCCCUGCCAAAAAGGAGGAUGCCUGGCAAAUGGGGGGCCAGCCACGGGCCCUUGGUACCCCAGUGGCACUCACCUGCUGCCACAUUCUGUCUCGGUCUCCAUGGCUGCCCCACGGCCAGGUAGACUAAGCGGAGAAACAACUUGCCUGCUUUUCAGUGUUGGGCAGACUUGAGAGAAAGCCUUUCAAAUCUGGCAUCAACCCUCAUUCAUAAGCAACCCAAAAACCUCAUGGCAAAUGUCUAAUUCUGUCAUUUCUUUCUUCUGGCAAAGGGGUGAGAGCUCUUAAUGAAAGCUUCUGACCUUACUAGUGUGCCAAGAAAGAAAGAGGUAUUAAAGAAAGAGGUAUCAUUUCCCUUGGAACAUUCCGAGGUACCACACUUAGCCUUUCUGGCAUCUCUGCUGUUUCCCAUCUGCUUGCAAGUUUCAAUUUUAGUGGUCAUGAGAAAGCUUUAAACUAAUUUGCCAUCCUUUUUAAUUCACAGGAUUUUUAAUUUAACUGUAACCCAAUAGAUGAAGGCUUCAAGAGCAAGCUUUUACUUGCAUUCUUUUAUCCCAUCACAAUAUCUUAUAGUUCCAAUGAGCAGCAUUUUUUCGUUGGCAUCUUUCUUGCCUAGUAUGAGCAAUAAAGUUACAUCCUUUUACAAAGGGAUGGAGAACAUGUGGUCCUCUGGAUAAUGUUGGACUCCAGCUCCCAUCAGUUCUAACCAUCAUGGUCAGGGAUACUAGGAAUUGGAGUCCAACACAUUCUCCAUACUUGUUUAAAAGUCUUACAAGGCUCUAAAAUGGCCUUAUGUUACUGUCUUUUGUAUGUAACCAAUCUUGACAAUGUAAUUUGAAAGGAAGUAUCCUUCUAGAUCUCUUCAGAAAUUAAUACAAGUCCUUUCCCCAUUCAGCACUAUAAUGCUGCACAAAUUCCCUUUCUAAACUUAACAAAAUAUCAUAUUUAGAUGAGCACUUUAUUUUUUUAAAAUCCAGAUAUGGUGGUUGUUAUUCCUAUCCAUCGAAUGCUUUCCUAUGUUGUCCAUAAUAAAGUGCCAUAUCUGAAAAUCCA